UUCUUCCUCAACUGUCACUGUUGAUCUUAAAAAAAAAAAAAAAAUCUGUCACUGUUGAUAGAUCAUUACCGGCGUCACUAUUACGUCCUAUUCUCAACAAAAUUUCUAAACCAAUAACACCAAUGAAGCAAUAAAUACAAUAAAACGUAAUCUGAAUGCAAAAAAGAGACCCAUCGUAAUGCUUACGUCCAAAGCUUCGACACCAUGACCGAAGCAAAAAUGGGGUUGAAGCUUGAAGCCGCCUUCAAUCACCUGCUGAAAAAAAAGAAAGAAGUCUCUUCUGACUUUCCAAGCUUAGUUUCAUCCCCCCCAAAUUCCAAUUUGUUCUGCCAGUGUUGUGAUCUCGUCAGCAUGACCAUAUGUUGCCGUCAUGUCCGUGGUUGCCUCCAAGUCACUUAAUUUAAUCCCCUUCCCUUCCCUUCCCUCCCUUUCGGCUCUCUAUAUAUAGAUUGACCAGAGCGCCUCCUCAGCAAUCCAUCCUUUUUUACAAACCCAACAAACAGUUGACGAGAAUCGCAGAAAGUUGUCUUGACUUUUUUUUUUUAUGAGAGCUGUGUUUCAGAGGUUGAUCUUGCCUGCUAGUAGAGCGUGUAGAGGGAAUACCCAGAUUGGUAACGCGAAGAAAGCUGUGAACUUUGUCAGAAACGCCAUGUCUGAAUCGGGUUCCUCUGGUUUUGACUCGCCGAGGUUGGUGACCAAGAAGGUUCUUGCCAAGCUCCAGCGGGAAGGCGAUGGUGCUGCUGUCAGGAGAAGCAUUGGAAGGAGCGAGCUCAGGUCUCUGGACCCUUUCCUGAUGUUGGAUGAAUUUUCAGUGUCAGCUCCUGGUGGAUUUCCUGAUCAUCCACACAGAGGGUUUGAAACUGUUACAUACAUGCUGGAGGGAUCUUUCACUCAUCAGGAUUUUGCUGGCCACAAUGGCACCAUUCAAACUGGAGAUGUUCAGUGGAUGACAGCAGGAAGAGGGAUCAUCCACUCAGAAAUGCCUGCAGGGCAAGGAGUCCAGAGAGGCCUUCAGCUCUGGAUCAAUCUCUCUUCUGAAUACAAAAUGAUUGAGCCAGGAUACCAGGAACUGCUGAGCUCAGACAUCAAAACAGCAGAGAACGAUGGAGUCGAAGUCCGGAUCAUAGCAGGAGAAUCGAUGGGAGUGGAGUCACCAGUCUACACCAGAACACCAACAAUGUACCUGGACUUCACCAUGCAACCAAGGACACAGUUCCACCAGCCGAUUCCAGAAUCAUGGAACGCAUUCAUCUACAUCAUCGAAGGCGAAGGAGUGUUCGGGGUGCCAAACUCGAGCCCCAUCGCGGCCCACCAUACCGUUGUUCUGGGGCCCGGAGAAGGGAUGAGCGCGUGGAACAGGUCCAGCUCGAAGCCAUUGAGGUUCGUGUUGAUUGCAGGGCAGCCACUGAACCAGCCAGUGGUGCAGCAUGGGCCAUUUGUGAUGAACACUGAGGCUGAGAUCCACCAGGCAAUUGAGGAUUACCACAACUCCAGAAAUGGGUUCGAGAUGGCCAAGUAUUGGAGGUCACAGUAAGUGAAAAGGUGGAGGCUUGGAAAGGAAAUCUAUAAGAGAAUCCCACAAGGAUAGGAAAUAAAAAAGGGCAGCCAUCUUUUCUUAUCAGUCUUUGUCAUUAGCAAUCAAAAUCAGAAGCUUGAAAAGGAGGAGUCUAUUGCUUCAUCGUGGUAGGACCAAAAACAGAACAGCAAAAAAUAGGCUUCUAGAAGACAUAUAUAGUGGGACCAGCAGCUUAUCUGUUGCUGAUCUUCCUUCAUAGUUUUCUUAAUUGUAUUUUUCAUAGGUGAUUUGUAUUAUGUAUGUUAAUUAUGUCUCAGCAUCACGGUUCUUAUCCGUUUUUAAUCAAGUCAAAAGAUUUCGUCCAAAUCUUUCUAUCAUGUGGCUAUCCAUAGUUAGUUAUUACGUUGUCGAUGGUUCACAAAUCAAACAUGUUUGAAAGUCUUUUGCUCUUCAAUCUUGCCUCACUAUUUAAAUCUACAUACCACUAAGUCACAAACAUUGAACGCAUCAUAGCAACAAUAAGAGAUGCGAAGAUUUAUACGAGCCCGCUCGAGAGACAAUAUAUGAAUCUUCAAGAUACAUGACCUGCGAUGCAAGCCAUAUGCCCGAUGAUGUAAUGAACAAACAACGACAAUUUAUCCUAACCUACAACCAAUCAAUAUGGAAUUUCCAAUCGAAAGGCUCAAAACAAAACAAACAACACGAUCCAUAAAUGUAUUUGUUAAGAAUCACUAUAUAACUUUGUACUUCUUUUCGGGAUGUUUUUUUCAAAUAACAUGUCAGGGUGGCACUACUGCUCAUAAUAGUGCAUUUCAGCUUAUAUUAGUGUUUGUGGGUGGCUCAUUUUUGGUACCCAUCUCCAUUGUUGUGUUAGUGUUGCAGGCUCCAACUUAUUUUUCUUGUUAGUGAGUUAGUAGUGGUAGGGUUUGAAGUGUGUGUUGUGGUUGUGGGAGUUGGGUUCCCAUCAUUGUUUGCCAACCGCCCAACCCAUACAUUGGUUGGUGACUUGUGAUUAAGUGAGUUUGUGACCUUUUAAUUUCCCCACCCACAAGCCAAACCAACCAUAGUUGCCAACACGAUUGAAAAGAAUAAUAAGACUAUAUUCAAAGGAAGAGAUGAAUCCUUGGAGGGAAAAGAUUUUGAGGAUCUCCAGCCCAUUUUGGGGUGAGUGAGUGUUAGUUUUGGGUUCCAGGCAAGCAAAGCAAAUCCCUUCCAUCAUAUAUGUAUGCAAAAAAGUCAAUAGAAGCCCCAAUCUCACAAGCUGGAAGAACACAAAGUGAUUGGAUAGGAGUUAGGACCAAUUGAUAUAUCACCAUUCACCACUAAUAACUAAUAAGAUAUGUUGAAUGAGGUUGAUGAGCGCCUCUAAAACCAGUGUGGUUCUAUCAAUAUAUCAUUUGUUUGAUUUCCUCAGUUUCUGAAUUUUAAGGUUGAACAACUAUCAAGCAUACCAAUUCGAAAUCCGAUUUAAUUUCGCAACCUUCAAAAUAUACCAAUAUAAUAAUAUUAUCAAAUGAUUCUUCAUCCUCGCUGAGAAGAGCAUGAACAUGGGAAUGCACAGAUCAAAUGGAUACAAAAGGUGGGAAGUAGAAUUAUGAGCAUUGUAGGAGCAAGUGUACAACAAUUUUUUUACCCAACUCAUGAUACAGAACAUCUCAGAAGGAAAAAAAUGGUUAUCCUUUUCGUCUCUCUCACUCUAGGCCUUUCUGCAUAUCUUCCGAACCAAUAAUCGAAUUUUCAUCUA